AUAAAGAAACUCACAGCUAUUGGUGAGAUUUUCCCAAGUUCUGCUUUCUCUAUUAUGGUAUCAUAGUACUUUCCGCAAAGAAGAAUUGCAGAACAGAACCCGUACGCCCUUCAAAUCUUGUGCAGCCCAUAGUGAUGGCAACACCAGAGACUUCGACAUCUGGCAGUUCCAACCAGUCAGUUCCCAUCACAUACCCUGACCUUGAUCCCCAAUUAAACUCCUUCAUACUUCACCAUUCCAUCACCCCGACUACCAAACCUUGUUUCUACACCAUUACCUAUCAUGGAGCAGAGCAAUGAUGAUGACCUUAUCUGGAAAGAACAAAGUUGGAUUUGUUAGUGGCGCCAUUAAGUAACUUUCAGAAGGUAAUAUGCUAUAUGCCUGUAAAUGUAACAAUGAUGUCAUAGCUCUUGGAUUAUCAAUUCUAUUUCAAGGGAGAUAGCAGCAAGCCUAGUUUAUAAUGGAAAUGUAAAGGCGAUGUGGGAUGAAUUGAAAGAAAGAUACAAACAGUCCAAUGGACCUCAUAUAUACCAGCUGCGAAAAGAUCUAGUAACUACUACACAAGGGAGUUUAUCAGUUGAAAUAUACUAUGCAAAAAUUACCAGCAUAUGGCAGGAGCUUGUGGAAUAUCGACCUAUGGACGAAUGCACCUUUGAAGGAUCAAAGAAGAUGAUUGAUUUCUUGAAUGCUGAAUUUGUAAUGACCUUUCUUAUGGGGUUAAAUGAGUCCUAUUCACAGACUAGAGCCCAAAUCUUAUUGAUUGAUCCUUUACCUCCCAUAAACAGAGUUUUUUUCCUCAUCAUCUAAGAAGAAAGACAAAGAUCUAUUCAGUCUUCACCAUCCAUUGAAAGUAUCACAUUGAUGACUAAUUCUGAAAGAAGAUUCAGCUAUGAUAAAUCCAAGAAAAAAGAUACAAGACCUAUAUGCUCCAACUGUGGCUAUAAAGGGCAUAUUGCUGAUAAAUGCUACUGACUACAUGGCUACCCACCUAGACAUAGACUUGCCAAUAGCAACAAUUCUGUUCAUCAGAGGCAAAACCAUACAAAUCAAAAUACAAACGAGAAAGAGACAAAAAUUUCUAAGAGCAAUCAAUCUACCUUUUUUGCUAGUUUUAAUAGUGACCAAUAUACACAACUUCUGAGCAUGCUUCAAACUCAUCUCAACACACCUCAAAAUGGCGAGAAUCUAAAAAAUGAGACUACGCAUAUAGCAGCCCAGCUGUAGUUGCAAGGUCUGUGGCACUUUUGAAACGCUACCUUCUUAGAUACAAACCCUCUGAAGAAACAUUAAUGCAGAUAGACCGGUUUUGCUUAAACACAAUUAGUGAGUGUAGUUUUAGUCCAAAUCGAAGGUCAUCACCAUGGUCUCAAUCUUUGAGUCAACCAUCUGCUGCACCUACAACCUCUUCUACUUUUUCUCCAUUGCCCGUAUCAAGUAUUGCCUCUGGAGCUCUUAUAAAAUCACUGAAAUAUGUUCGCUCCUUGGUGGGACAACACAUACCAAGGAGAUCAUUUCAACCAGCUGCUUUUGCUGGUGCACCUUCUAUGUCGAGACAGUCGCUACCUGCACUGUCAUCUAUGCUGAGUAGAUCGUUCAAUUCACAAUUAAAUGCUGCAAGUAGUGCAGAAUCUUCAGAGCAUAAAGACUCUACAGUUUUAUCUAUAUCAAAUUUAUCUAAUAUUGAAGAAGUUGAUGGUACGGUUGACCUUGAAUACAUUUCACUUGAUGCCUUGAAAUGGCGAUGGCUUGGGGAACAACGGUCAUCUCUUUUUCAAAGAGAGAGUGAUAAUUUUGCUAAUACCCAAGACUUGAGAACACGUAAUCUUCUAGAGGUAGGUGCAGCAGCACUUUUAGUGGGAGAUACAGAAGCCAAAAUGAAAGAUCAACCUUGGAAAUCUUUUGGAACAGCUGAUAUGCCAUAUGUUGAUCAACUAUUGCAGCCUUCACCCGUAGCAACUAUAACCAAUUCUUCCUCUGCCCGUCUUCACUUGAGGGCUAUAACUGCAUCAAAGCGCACAAAACCAGGCUUGCAUCAGAUCUGGGAAGAUUCUCCUGGGAGUACGUUUCGACCAAAGGCUCGACCACUCUUCCAAUAUCGUUACUACAGGUACAAAACGGUAUAUUCUGACAUGGAACCCUGUAAGUUCAUAAGUGAACAGCAGCCUCUGAGACUGAAUCCUGCUGAGGUGUGCGAGGUUAUUGCUGCAGUUUGCUCUGAAAUGUCGUCACCCAUCGCUAAUCCUCUUACAGUAACAUCUAGGUUAAGUACAAAUAGCGGCAAGCCAUCAAUGGACGUGGCCGUAAGCGUUCUCGUAAAGCUCAUUAUUGACAUGUAUGUUCUGGAUUCUGGGAUUGCUGCACCUCUCACUUUAUCCAUGCUUGAGGAAAUGCUCAGUUCUCCAAGAUCAACCUGCAAAGUUCGUGCAUUUGAUUUAAUCUUGAACCUUGGUGUUCAUGCUCACUUAUUAGAACCAAUCACGCUUGAUGAAAAUUCUACAAUUGAAGAAGAGUAUUCUCAAGAAUCAUAUCUUGCAGAAGAAGCCCAAUUAAAUUCACAGGGGAAGAAAAAUCUUGAUUCUCCUGACAACAUCAGUGCAACUUCAUCUAUUAACAAAUUUGAAUGUUGGAUUCUCAAUAUCUUGUAUGAGAUACUGCUUCUUCUUGUUCAGAUUGAAGAGAAGGAAGAAUCUGUCUGGACGUCUGCUUUGAGCUGUCUACUCUACUUUGUUUGUGAUAGAGGCAGACUCAGGAGAAGCCGACUAAAGGGCCUUGACAUAAGGGUUAUUAAGGCAUUCCUGGAAACUAGCAGAAGAAACUCUUGGGCUGAGAUAGUUCAUUGUAGGCUUAUUUGCCUGCUAACAAACAUGUUUUAUCAAGUCUCAGAGGAUCCCACAGAGGGUGCUUCAAGCCCCAUAUUUCUUGUAGAUCAAGUGGAUCUGGUUGGAGGAACUAAGUUUAUUUUCUUAGAGUAUUCUCUAGCAAACUCAAGAGAAGAGCGGAGAAAUCUCUUUCUGGUGCUUUUUGAUUAUGUUUUGCAUCAAAUAAAUGAAUCUUGCAUCACUACUGGAGUUAUGGAAUAUGGUGAUGAUGAGAUACAGCCCCUUGCAAACCUGUUCACUCUCGCCAAUGCACCUGAGGCUUUUUACAUCUCAGUUAAGCUUGGAGUGGAAGGUGUUGGAGAGAUUUUGAAAGCGUCUAUCUCAUCAGCAUUGUGUCGAUAUCCUAACAGUGAGCGACUAAAUAUGCUCUUGGACAACAUAAUGGAGAAAUUUAAUACAAUAAUCAAAUCAUUUACUCAUUUGGACAAUGAGUUCUCUUAUAUGAUACAGAUAACCAAAUCUCUCAAACUUUUUGAAAGCAUUCAAGGUUCUAUGUUAAGAAAUGGUGUUAGCAUGAAAUCCAAACUAUCAUGGGCCACUCUGCAUUCCCUUCUUCAUUCAGAGAGAAUUGCUUAUCGUCAAAAUGGUUAUGUUUGGCUAGGGGAUCUUCUUUUUGAAGAAAUAACUAGUGAACGGGAUGAAAAUAUGUGGACAAAUGUGAAAAAAUUGCAGCAGAGAAUCACAUACGCUGGUGUAAAUGAUUAUUCAACUACUUCAGACAUACCCCUUUCGAUCUGGCUCAUGUGUGGACUUCUAAAGUCGAAACACCCCAUCAUUAGAUGGGGGUUUUUAUUUGUUGUAGAAAGACUUCUAAUGCGAUGCAAAUUUUUGUUGAAUGAAAAUGAAAUGCGAAAUUCUGGCAGCAAUGAUCUUGGCCAGGUAUCCAAAGAUACCCGUCUUGAGAAAGCUAAUGCAGUGAUAGAUAUAAUGUGCAGUGCACUUUACUUGGUCUUUCAGAUCAACGAAACAGACCGCAUCAAUAUUUUAAAGAUGUGCGACAUACUCUUCUCUCAAUUAUGCUUGAGAGUGCCACAAGCUUCUGACUUACCAAUUGGAGAUGAUCUGCCACACGGCAGAGUUAUAGAUUACUCAGGUGAAAGUAAAACAACAGGAGUUUUUGAAUCUGAAGCUAAACUGGAUGGUAAUUUCUUUGGUGAGCUAAAGGAGGAGAAAGGCAGAUACAGUAAAACUUAUAACAAUCCUCUUGAUCAUGAGACAGCCUCCAUGGCAGCAUUGCUGCUUCAAGGACAGACUAUCGUCCCCAUGCAAUUGAUUUCGCAUGUUCCUGCUGCCCUUUUCUACUGGCCAUUGAUUCAACUUGCUGGAGCAGCAACAGACAACAUUGCUUUAGGUGUUGCUGUUGGAAGCCAAGCAAGAGGGAACCACCCAGGUGCCGCCUCUGACAUCCGAUCAGCUCUGCUCUUACUCCUAAUUGCCAAGUGCAGUUCUGAUUCAUGUGCUUUCCAAGAAGUGGACGGGGAACAAUUUUUCAGAGAGCUUCUAGAUGAUACGGAUUCAAGGGUGGCCUAUUACUCUUCAGCAUUUCUGUUGAAGCGUAUGAUGACGGAGAAACCUGAAAAGUACCAACACAUGCUUCAGAAUCUUGUAAUUAAAGCUCAGCAGAGCAAUAAUGAGAAACUGCUGGAAAAUCCAUACCUUCAGAUGCGUGGUAUACUUAAGCUGGCAAACGAUAUGGGUGUUGAGUUGUGAUUUACUCUGAUUUUCUGGAAGCAUUCUGUCUGGAUACAUCACAUUUGGCGGUGUACAGAAAAAGUUUUGAUUCGCAUGGUGUUUCGAUCUCUUGCUUUAAUUUAUAUCUUUGGAGCAUAUGAAGAAAUGCGCCUGACAAAGUGUACAUGACAGAGCUCAUGUCCUCAUAUGGGAACUUAAUUUAAAUCAUGCUAGGAGAAUGACUAUCCGUUGAGAAAGGCGAUAGUGAAAUGACGGGAUGAUCUUGUUUAUUCAUAGUUUUAUCUUACCACUGUACAGUUGGUUCUUGAAUUCAGCCAUCAACUCUGUUUUCUUUGCUAAGCGCUCACGAAAGAAGAUGGUGAGCUAAUUUGAUGACUGGCCCUGCAGAUUAGCUUUUGUAGAGAUCCAUCCUCGGCUAUGCCAAAUAACUUUCCUUUUCAACCACACGUCAAGGAGAAAGCAACUAAGGCAUCCGGGAAACCCUUCUAGAUUACUCAUUUGUCUCCCCUCAUUCUCCCCCAAAUCAUUGGAAAUGGAAGUCUUUUUAUAUUUCAUCAGCUGUAUGUUGUGUAUAAUGUUUUCGGACGACUUGCAAGUGAAACUUGAGAAGAUUCAUUUCAUUUGUACAGAAAACCACAUUACCUCCAACAAGCCUUCUUCUGUUUUUGUCAUUCCUGAAGGCAAUCUUUUAACCAUGUUUUUUUCCCUUCUAGAAUCUUCUUUGUUUUUACCAAGUUUGUAAAGUCAGCUUAACUGAUGGAGAAAAUAUCAUCAAAAUGUAUCCCACCAUAUGGCUCACUAGUCUCAUUUUUCAGAGCAUUGCAGGUGUCCGAUAUUUUUAGGACAUUUAAUUGCCUGCUUGCCUGGUAUGGGUUUUUCUGGAAGCUAUCUUUUGUGAUAAUUAUUAUUUUGCUUCUUUAACAUUUAAGUUUUUUUUCUGCUAAUUUUUCCCCCAGUCUUAGUUCUUGGUAAUCGAAAUUUUCAUUUUUACUCUCU